AUGCGGUGGUUGUUGUUUACUGCGCUUCUGCCUUUGCAGAAAGUGCUAGCCAUAGGCCAGAAUGCCACUAUUUCAUUUGAUGAUACUAGUGACAGUAUCAAGCUUGCUUCUCGCUACGAGUACGUGCAGAUAGCGAUUGACGGAGCGGACUGGCCCGGCGUGAUUAGAGCUGCCAAAGACCUUGCUGUAGACUUUGGACGUGUCACCGGAACAAAUGGCACCGUGAGUCUCAUCGGCGGAAGUAAUUCGACUGAUCACGGGACUCCAAUUGGCUUAAAUGCGGGAAUGAUCAUAGCUGGAACCAUUGGAAACUCACCAACCAUUGAUAGUAUGAUUGAAUCUGGAAUGGUCAAUGUGAGCAAGAUACAGGGGCAAUGGGAGGCUUUCGUGUCAACCAUUGUCCCGUCGCCAAUGCCGGGAGUUCAUGAAGCACUUGUUAUUGCAGGAGCUGAUCGUCGUGGGACAAUCUUCGGCCUCUACGACGUUUCUGAACAGAUCGGAAUAUCUCCGUGGUACUGGUUUGCAGACGUGCCCUGGCAGCAACACGAUGGCAUCUAUGCUCUACGGACUACUAAAGAGCAAGGGUCUCCAAGCGUAAAGUACCGCGGAUUCUUCAUCAACGACGAAGCACCAGCCCUGACCGGCUGGAUGAAUCAGCGCUAUGCCAAGUCCAAGUAUGGCUCUGCUUUUGGAUCCGAUUUCUACUCUCACGUUUUUGAGCUCCUACUACGACUCAGAGCGAACUAUCUAUGGCCAGCUAUGUGGGGCAGCAUGUUCAAUGUUGACGACUUGGACAGUCAGCCUCUGGCCGAGGAAUACGGCAUUGUGAUGGGCACAAGCCACACAGAGCCAAUGAUGAGGGCAACGAAUGAACAAACAACAUUCAUGAAAGGACCGUGGCAGUGGAACAUGAAUAAUGCGUCCAUGUACUCUUUUAUGCAGGAUGGCGCGGAGCGUGCAAAAGGGCACGAAAGUCUCUUCACGAUGGGAGCUCGUGGCAAUGCAGAUACAGCUUUGAACGGAGAUGAUGCCAUAUCUCAAUUGGAAAGCAUCAUUGAAAAUCAACGAAAAAUUCUAAAUGACGUUUAUGGCAAUGAGAGCUCAAUGCCGCAAAUGUGGUGUCUUUAUAAAGAAGUCCAGGACUACUACGACUACGAUGGCCUUCGUGCACCGGAUGACGUGACUCUCCUUUGGGUAGACGACAAUUGGGGUAACAUCCGCCGUCUCCCCAUUGGUAACGAAACAGGUCGGUCUGGAGGGGCUGGUGUCUACUACCACUUCGACUAUGUUGGCGACCCACGGAACUAUAAAUGGAUAAAUACCAUCCAGCUCCAGAGGACUUGGGAACAGAUGCAUUUCGCAUAUGAGCGCGAUGCUCGAGAAAUAUGGAUCGUCAACGUUGGUGAUAUCAAACCAUUAGAAAUUCCGAUAAGCCACUUUUUCGAUCUCGCUUAUGACAUCGAGCAGUAUCGUACCCCUGAGAGCACAUCUUGGUGGACAGAACAAUGGGCGGCUCGAGAAUUCGGUUCUGAACUUGCUGCCGACGUAGCUCAAGUCAUCAUGACUUAUUCCAACCUAGCUGGUAAGCGCAAAUACGAGUCCAUGGACUCUAGCAUAUAUAGCAUCAUCAACUAUGACGAGGCAAAUACUGUCAUCAGGCAAUGGCAGGAUCUCAGCGCUGAAGCACAGGAUCUUAGCGAUCGCUUAGACGUGGAGGCCCGACCAGCUUACUUUGAGAUGAUUCUGCACCCAGUGUUAGCAGGAGCCACUGUCUACGAUAUCCAUAUUAGUGCAGCGAAGAAUCGUCUCUACACAUGGCAAGGUCGUACAAGUGCCAAUUCGAUAGCAAAUCACGUCCUCGAUCAAUGGAACUUCGAUCAUGAGCUUACUCAACAAUAUAAUCAACUCCUGGAUGGGAAGUGGAAUCAUAUGAUGGAUCAAACCCACUUCUACAACAAUUACUGGCAAGGGCCCAUGAGGCAAUCGACGCCCUCGCUAUAUUAUAUUCAACUUAGCGAGCGCGGAUUGGCAGGAGAUCUUGGCUUUGCUGUUGAAGGCCAGAAUGGAACAGUCCCAGGAGACGAUAAAUAUCAUGGAAAUGGCGGAGCCAGUCUCACUUUCCCGCCGAUCGACCCGUAUAGCCCAAACAGAUGGAUCGACAUCUUCUCAUCCGGCACUACUAAUGCGACUUGGUCCCUUGAAGGCCCAUCAUACAUUAGAUUCUCCCAGUCGUUCGGUGAAAUUUCCCCCAGCGUCAACCCAUCCGACAUCAGAGUCUGGGUGUCGGUUGACUGGACUAGAGCCCCUACAGGCUCGACCAUGGCACGUAUUAACGCAACAUCAUCCACAAACUAUGGAACACAAUACGAAGCGCCUAUCCUUUAUCUUCCCAUCAAUAACACGAAACUUCCCGCAAACUUCACGUCCGGCUUCGUCGAGUCCGACGCCACGAUAUCCAUGGAAGCAGAGCACUACUCGCGCAUGACCGGCUCCUCUGAUGCCCUAUCAUAUUUCACCAUCCCGAACUAUGGCAAAACACUGUCCGGAGUAGCACUCACGGACUACAACGCGCCAUCACAGAAUACCUCCGGGCCUAGCCUUGAGUAUGACUUUUACGCCUUCUCGAACAUCUCGCGCGUCGCAAACAUCUCUCUCAUUCUAGGACAGUCACUCAACACAAUUCCCUCGCGCCCGCUCAGGUAUGCCAUUGGCAUUGAUGACCAGGAGACAAAGACAGUGGCGUAUAUCACAGAUCGGCCGCGAGGGACGUCGCCGUUGGGAUGGGAAGCGGCAGUGUUGGACGCGGCGUGGAACAGUACGAGCAAUCAUACGAUCACGGCUGGGAAGCAUACGCUGAAGUUCUGGGCGCUAGAGCCGGGAUUAAUUCUGACGAAAAUCGUUAUAAAUCUUGGUGGCGUACGACAGAGCUAUCUCGGGCCCCCAGAGAGCGUUAGGGUUGGAAGGAAAUAG